UAGUCGACGUUUUAUGUAUGAAAAUCGUGCAUUCGUUAAAAUACUCAUUGAAUAAUUCGUAUUCGUGUUCGUUUUUGUAGUAAAUAUCGCUUCAUUGAUUUUGAAACCGUACCCUGAAUCGAGGAAAACUAUACCGGUGAUCGUAGAUAAACAGACGCAUUCGAUCGAUAACCUCAUCGAAAAAUAGAGCUAGAGGGAGAAAGAUUAGUACGCCAAUAUACUAGAAUUGGUGAUAGGAUAAAUUACAGGCUGUAUUCUCAACAGGCCAUAUUGAACACGAAAUUUUUCGUCGGCGUAUUUUUGGCAGCCAUAAUAUUGAUGGUGAUUGCUUCAUGGGCUUUGAAUUCGUGCCCGAAAGGAUUAACCGAAGAUGAGUUAGAUCCUGCAAAUACUAACAGAAUUUCCGGCGUUCGAGCGAUGGAAUACCUCAAAGAACUGGAUGAAAUCGGUCCCAAACCGAUCGGUAGCUACGAAAACGAAGUCUUGACCGUUGAUUAUUUGCUUUGCCAGAUCGAACGUAUCAAGAAACGUGAGCCUCCUUCGUGGAAUGGAAUAGACCUAGAUAUACAAGUAGUCAGCGGUAAUUUUAGCGAAGUCGAUCCUCGAGGCAGAGCUUUCCGAAAGCAAAUAGUGUAUGGAAAUUUGCAAAACAUCGUCGUCAAAUUGUACUCGAAAUUCAACGCGACCGAAAGUGUUCUAGUGAAUUGUCAUUUCGACUCGAGUUUCGCCAGUCCAGGUACGAGCGACGGCGGUUCAAACUGCGCUGUCAUGCUGGAAGUUCUGCUUGUAAUGUCGAUUGUAGAUCAUCCGAUCAGAAGAAACGUCAUAUUUUUAUUCAACGGUGCCAAAGUGGAUGGGAUUUCGGGGUCGCAUGGAUUUAUCACUAAACAUAAAUGGAUCAAUGAGAUCGUAUGUUUUAUUAAUUUGGACGCUUUUGGAGCUGGCGGACGUCAAACGCUCUUUCAAACUGGCCCUAAUGCUUACGUUUUACCAAAGAUAUACAGCAAAUCAGCGAUGUUUCCUGAUGGUAAAGUACUCAGCGAAGAAUUCAUCCUAAGCGGAUUAUUACCAUCCGAUACAGAUUCCAAGAUUUUUCGCGAUUACGGACAGCUUAAAGGAUUGGAUUUAGUUCAUUUCGCCAACGGUUAUGUUUAUCAAACGAGCAGUGAUAAUAUUUCGAUGAUUACCGCCAACGUCCUCCAGUUAGCCGGUGAUAAUUUACUACACAUUGUGAAGGCGCUGGUCGACUAUAAUUUCCUCAAGGAAGAGCUCCAAAGUAACGACGAGCAAGCUGUGUAUUUCGAUAUAUUUGGAAUAUUUAUCGUAUGUUAUCCGUCCAUCGUCGGUUUCCUGAUCCACCCGGUGGUUGUAAUAUCGGCGUACUCGGCCAUGUCAAUACGGUUUCAAGUUUUUGAAGCGCCUUUAUCCGAAGAACAGUUAAACAAAUUGAAAACUGCUUUCUAUACCGAUCCGAAAAAUAUUUUGGCUCAGAACGCUUGCACACGAAGCGAACCGUUAGAAGUAUGCAUAUCGAAUAGCGGAGUUCAGGAAUCUAUUCAUGUAUUUUCCCAUAAAAUCGAAGCGGAAGCAAAACCGGUAACCAAUCAGAAAUCCACCGGAAGAUGUUGGAUAUUCGCGUGUUUAAAUGUAAUUCGAGUACCGUUUAUCAAGAAAUACGAAUUGGAAGAUUUCGAGUUCAGUCAGUCGUAUAUUUUUUUCUGGGAUAAAGUGGAACGUAGUUACUAUUUUUUAAACCUGGUUGUCGAAACCGCCAGAAGAAAAGAACCUGUCGAUGGCAGAUUGGUGUCGUAUUUGCUUUCUACUCCGAUGAACGAUGGCGGACAAUGGGACAUGUUGGUCAAUUUAAUCAAUAAACACGGCUUGAUGCCGAAGAAAAAUUUCCCCGAAUCAGUCAGUUCGGAAGCCAGCGCUCAACUCAACUCGAUCCUAACGAGUAAAGUUCGCGAAUUCGCCAUUAUUUUACGUAAAAUGGUCGAAGACGGAAACAGCGACGCCGACAUCAAGAGUAAAAUCGACGAACAGAUGGUUAUCAUAUUCCGUAUCGUAGGCAUUUGUAUCGGUAUUCCUAAUUCCACGUUUACGUGGGAAUAUUUGGAUAAAUCUAAACAGUACCAAUCGAAAGGACCAAUAACACCUUUAGAUUUUUAUAAAGAAUACGUUAAACCUGUUUUCAACGUCGAUGAUAAAGUUUGUUUAGUGACUGAUCCUAGGCCAUCGAAUAAAUAUAAUCAAGCUUACACAGUCGAUUGUCUGGGUAACGUAGUCGGCGGUAGAAAAGUUAUCUACAACAAUCAACCGGUCGAGUUGUUAGCUCAACUUUGCGCCGAGUCGAUAAAAAUAAACGAGCCAGUAUGGUUCGGCUGCCAAGUAUCGAAACGAUUCGCCGGUAAAUUAGGUUUACAAGAUCUCCGUAUUCACGAUUAUAAAUUAGUUUUUGGCGUUGAUGUAUCUGUACCGAUGACGAAAGCUCAACGAAUGAUUUACGGCGAAUCAGCCAUGUCACAUGCGAUGGUUUUAACUGCCGUUACUCUCGAUGAAAAGAACAAACCUACUAAAUGGAGAGUUGAAAAUUCGUGGGGCGAUGAUCGAGGAGAAAAAGGGUAUUUAUUGAUGACCAACGAAUGGUUCGACGAGUACGUGUUUGAAAUCGUCGUCGACAAAAGUAUAGUACCUGAGGAAGUAUUAGACGUGUUUACACAAGAUCCGAUCGUAUUGCCUGCCUGGGAUCCGAUGGGUACUCUGGCCGGGAUUUCCCCCGUACAAGAUCGCAGAGAGAUGAUGAAGGCCGUGAACGAUAUACCGUUUAAGAAGGUAUUCGGUGAAAAGGCCAGAGCAAUGGCCUUCAUAAAUUCUGCUCUAAAAACUGAACUAAUAAAAGAUGUGGCUGACAUCGAAGAACUAACCGUUGAUAAAACCUUUGUCGCAGAGCACACCCAAGGCAGAACGUGUGUUGUAGAUUUAUUUUGCUCUACAACAGCAGGGGAUAUGAUCGUGGUCGAGAUGCAGGUAGCCCCUCAUGCGGCAUUCAAAUCGCGCAUUGAAUUUUAUUGCUCAAGAGUAUUCAUUGAUCAGCUCAGUAGAGGAGGAAAAUUUAAAGCAGUGAGGUCUGCUUACCUCAUCGUAAUAUGUGACUUUGUGAUAUUACCACGGGAACCAUGGUUCACCUAUCAUGCCCCAGUGAAUAUGUCAACAUUAUAUGACAAUAUUGGAAUGGUGCUUACGGAAGAUAUGAUAAAAAGAGAUUUUCGAGGGAUGCAGUAUACAAUUCUUCAACUAGGAAGAUUUGAAGAUUCAAGAUCUAUGAAUGACAUACUCGAUAAUAAUGACAUCUAUCUUUGGAUGCUGUAUCUACAAAAAGGGCAUGUUUUAAAUGAGGAUCAGCGCCGAGUGAUCGGAGCUAAAAAUUAUCUCAUCAAUUCAGCGAUAUCUAUGUUGGAAGUGAUAAAUUAUUCAAAGGAAGAAUUCGAUGCUUAUCGUGAGACAGAAACGAUGAAGGUCUUAGCCAAAGCAGAAUUAGAGGCUCAGCGAAAGAAGUUAGCAGAGGCAGCUAAAAAAGGUGAAGACGAGGCCAUGAAGCGCUUCAAAAGGGAGUUAGAAGAAGCAGAGAGUAGAGGAGAAACUCCAGCCGAGUUCUGCAGAAGAAAAUUCUCCAGAUACAAUUAACAAACUUUAUCCACAAGAUCUCCAGCUGUUUAGAUACUAUUUGCGCUCUCUAUCGAUCCAGUUACAAAUUUACCUCAUCUGUACAUAUUUCAACUCAUUCCAGCUUCCUUCUAGCAGCUUUGUAAGCCGUUUCAUCGUUUCUACAUUCAUUGUGUGGAAAAAAGCUGUGAUUUUCUGCUGUAAAAAGUGGAAUACACGGAUUUCCAAUGGUGGUACAAUCUGCAUGGGUACGACACAUUUAGUUAAUUCAUUAAUACGAGCUCCGAAAUUCUGAAGGUUUUUCGUAAUACUUAAAUCGAAGUGAUGUUGCAUGUUAGUUUCGACCUUUGUCAUCAAUAAAUUAAUGAUGGUACUGUCUGGAAACUCGGAGUCACACAGGAUCUUGAACCAUUUUUGUAAAUCAAAUUCCCAUUUAAUGGAAGUUUCCGUAUUAAACUGUAAUAAUAUUAGGCAUAUCUUGGCGUUCUCUUGUUGUGCGCAAGGCUCCAUAGGGUUUGUAUAAAUGAUGUACGAUAAUUGUAGUAUCUCGUGCGGGGGGUUGUCCGAAAAAUCAUGAUUGUCUUUGUGUCGAAGUAGCUAUAGACUGUUGCAAUUAGCUUCUAACUUGAUUGCCUAUCUGUGUGUUACGACUUACUUCAUUUGUAGGAAAGAUGACAGGAUGCCCAUUAACUGUUUGAGUAUUGGUUUUCGUAAAACAUCAGAUCCUUUUUACCUGUUUUAAUACCAUAAAAGAAGAUUUAUGAUUUCAUUUAAACUAGUCAAAGAAGAUUAUCAUUUUGUAUCAUUUUGUUAUUUGUUAUAUUAAUCUAUAAGUCGUCGUUAACAGCUCUCUGUAAUUUUUACGUAAUUCUAUUUACAAAAAAUAAUAAAAGUCUAAAUUGUGUUGAA